AUGGCGCCGACAAGCGCAAAUCUCUCACCAGCCGAGCUGAGCUACCUACACAAGUCUCUGUCGCAAACACCGCCUAUUCGUCCCGAUGGCCGCAGUUCCACCCAAUUCCGACCUCUCGUUGCCGAAUCCGAGAUCCUGCCCUCAGCGAACGGUUCCGCGCGUAUUUGUUUCGCCGAUGGUACAGAAGCAGUGGUUGGCAUCAAGGCCGAAGUGGAAAAGAGCGCUGGAUACGGCCGUGAUUAUGCUGGCGAGACGGAAAAGGACAAUGGUCUAGGUACCGCAGGAGGUGCUGAGAUUGAAAUGGGAGGUAUGGGUCAGGGAGACGAGACUAAGAAAGGAAGGGACACUUGGGUCGAGGUGCAGAUUGAGAUGCCUGGAUACAGAGACGACGAUGCCCUGCCAGUCUUCCUGGGCGCCAUGUUGCGCGAAAGCCUGCUGGCUACCGAAGUCUUGAAGAAUCGCCUGUACAUCAACCGUCGUUUCCACUGGCGCCUGUACAUUGAUGUGAGACAAGUCCUUGGUUUACUUGUUGCCAGAAGAGGAUCGCUGACUUGUGAUACANNGAUCCUACUACUUUCCGCACCGCUAUCGUACCCCCUGCCUCUGCUCUCGCUAACGACACAUCUCGCCCUCCAACACACAAAUCUCCCAGCCCUCAUUUCAGAACAAGACGAAGAUCCUUUAUUCAACGACGACUGGGAUGCUGCCGUACCCCUCUACCCCUCAGGCCAGAAGCCUCCCGUCACACUACUCCUCGCCUCAAUAGGCCCAAACAUCCUCUUCGAUCCCAGCGGCGACGAACUCGCAGUUGCAGAUUCAGUCGUUGCCGUCAGUGUUGCUCCUUCAGCAGAGAAACAACUCGCCGUCAUGGCCGUCAGAAUGGUGGAUCCGCCAUCAAGGUUGACGGGUGCAGGUACNCCUGAUGUUCUCAACACCGCCACUGGAGGUGCCGCCCCGACAAAGGCAGAAGCUCUGGCAGUGAGGGAAACCGACAGUGGAGUCUGGAGACCGCCUAGAGGUGGUGUGAGCCGCAGCCUUGUGGCUCGCAUGAUCAAGAUGGUCGUCGAGAAGGGUGGUGUUGGUGAAGAGAUUCUCGAGGCCUUAGACAAGGUUGAGACGUGA